AUGGAUGGAUAUAUCUGCUCAUCUCAUAUUUCAUUCUCUAACUCUCAAAACCUAAACCACCUCCAUCCCACCACCACACCUCCACCAUCAAAACCACCGUCGCCACUGUACAUCCACCGUCACCACCACCACUACACCGUCACCACCACAAAACCCAUCACCGCUACACCUCCACCAUCAACACCACCGUCGCCGUCGCCACUGCACCUCCACCGUCACCACCAUUACACCGUCACCGCCACAACACCCACCACCGCUACACCUCUACCGUCACCACCAUCACCACUGCACCUCCAUCAACACCUCCACACCUCCACCAUCAACACCACAACACCCACCACCGCUACAGUGGAUGAUCAGAUCUUUGGGGGUUUUGUUCUUCAAUUGGUUUCUGACGAAAUUAGGUGUAAUGGCUGCAAAAUUAACUGA